UGUGUAUAACAUUGAGUCAAGUUCUAACACAAAACUCAUUCUCAUUUACACUGUUCUUACUAUGGUUAUUCCAUUUUUGUAAAACGAAUCUAGAUUUUCAUUUCAAUUACACAAAGACAUUUAUUUAAUAUUUUUCAAACUUCUUACAAUAAUGGCUAAUAUACUAGAAAAAGUUCGAGAUAUAUAUAUGGAGGGUUUCGGGAAUUUCAUAGAUCCUAGGAACGAAGAUUCGUUUUUAUCUACGUUUACUUUUUAUAUCACAUUCGUAGUGUUGUACAUAUCUACAGUUAAAUACAUUGGACCGGUAUUCAUGAAUAAAAGGCAACCUUUCAACCUCAGAAAUAUUUUGAUUGUUUAUAACUCUAUUCAAAUAAUUGUCAACUUAUAUGUAUUUUACGAGUCUUUUUUAUUAAUCAAAGGAUCUCCAAGUUAUAUAUGUAUACAGUCUGGAAAACCUGAAUUGUUUAACUCAUGCAAGCGACAUUAUUUGUACCUCAAAAUGUUUGACUGUACUGAAACCGUUUUUUUUGUACUAAGGAAAAGCUAUAGGCAGAUAAGUUUUCUUCACGUAUAUCAUCACUGUAUAAUAUUAUAUGCGGCGUGGUGUGGUUAUACAUAUUACUGGGGAGAUAAUGUAACGAUUAUUCCUCUGUUGAACAGCUUUGUUCAUUCAUUGAUGUUUGUUUAUUACUUACUGACUUCUGUCAAUGCCAAAUGGAAAGAAAAUUUGAGAAUGAAAAAAACUAUCACAAAAAUACAAAUAAUUCAACUAAUAACAAUGUGUCUACAUUACGCUAUCUCAAUCUCACUUACCGAUUGUGAUGGUAGCGUAACAGUCUUACCUGGAUUAAUGUGGAUUUUUAACAAUAUAAUCAUGGUCUACUUGUUUUUAAACUUUUAUAAAAAAACCUACUUGAAUAAUAAGAAGAAAGAAUAAUGAAAUAAAUAAAACCUACUACUCUAUAAUACAAAUAAAGAAAUAUAAUUUUUAAAUAAUCCUUAAUGUGAAUAAAUUAUUAUCGAUGUUAAGUUAACUUUUAGUUUAAAUUGCAAUACAUGCAGUAGUGAUUCUGAUAAAUGAAGAUAAACAAGAAAUUGGAGGACUGCCUUUUGAUAUCUAAUCAGUAUUCAGCACAGAGAAUGUGAUGAUCAAUAUAGAUAAUUUUCUUUCAAUAUUUGCCCCUUUCACCUUGUUAUAUUUUAAUCGUGAUGAUUUUUCUUGAUGCUAGGUCUCUUUUCCAAUAUAUAUAUUAUUGAUUCAUUAAGAGUAUCCAAUCACUGAACUGUAGAUUCUAGACCUCAAAAUAUGAUGAUUCUGCCGUGGUUUAAUUUUUCGUUCUCUUUUCAAGUAGGCUUGUGUCACUUUUCGACAGUUUGUGUAGAAGCAAAAAUUGGAUAAUAAUAAGAAUAAGAAUUACAUUAGUAUACCAUUUAAUAACAAUUUAGUAAUUAGCAAGUGUAAUAGUUAUUUAUGAAAUAAUGCCUAGGCAUAACGAUUUUUCCAAUAAUAAGAUGCGCGAUAUGAUUUGUGUGUUUGUUCAGUCAAAUUAUAGUGGUCCAGCUGCGGCUCGAAGAUAGUCACAAUUAUGCCCAAAUCGAAGGCAACCCAUUUACAAACUGUACCGAAAUCUUUACAAACGCUUAGGUGAAACAGGAAUUUUUACGCUCUAAAACUGAGCACGGUGCUACAAAAAAAAUCACCGCCGAUGAAGAAGAUGAAAUUUUAAUUUGUGUUACGGAGAAUCCAGAUAUCAGUACUCGCCGAUUAAGUCUGCAAACAGGUAUAAGCCAAUCAUCUAUUUUUGUAUCCAUAUCAUUACACUCCUGUUCACAAACACAUUUUAAGGUUAACCUUUGAUGUGGUGUAAUAUGUGGGUAUUUAAUAGGUUCUUUUGAAGUGCCAAACAAUUUAAAUGAAGCUCUUUAUUUAGAUUUUCUUCAAGAACAUUUACACGAAUUACUAGAGUAUAUACCUCUCGCUUUAAGACAAAAUAUGUGGUUUUUGCACGACGGAGCACCACCACAUUAUUCUUUACAAGUUUGUCAAUACUUAAACGAACAGUUUCCGCAACGAUGGAUUGGUCUUGGAGGUGAGUUUGCUUGGCCACCAAGAGGCCCUGAUUUAAAUCCUUUGGAUUUUUCGAUUUGAAAGAAGCCGCGCAUAUAAUUAAAAAUAAUAGACAAGGAUUAUUUUAUAUUAAGAGAUCUUUACGAAAGCGGAUCUUAAAGUGUAUUGAAGUAAAUUGGUAGGCAUUUUGAACAUUUGAUUUGAAGUUUUUUAUUUUUGUAUACAAAUUUGUUAUUGUUACAUACCUAUUUGAGGAAUAAUAAAAUUUUUUUAUGAAAAAAUUAAAAAGAUUAUUUAAUUAAUAAAAUUAAUUUAAUUUAAACUUUUUAGAAGCAAAUAACUCGAUAACCGAUUGAGUUACACGAAUCAAAGAGAAGUAACUUUUUUUGUAGAAUUUAACGCUUUUAAAUAUUUCUCUAUUAUUUUAUUUUAGUUGUUAAAUUAGAGUUAAAUUAGAGUGCAAAUUAUAAUUCCUCAUGACAAAAAACGUAAAAUUGCCAAUUUUCAAAGAGAAAUUGUAAAAUUAUAAAAACAUAAAAAAUUAUUGCGAAAAUCAAAAUUUAAAUUUAAACUUGGAGACCCCGUAUCUCGGAAACUAGCAAUAUUUGCAUGAGGCAUGUUGAGCAGAAUCAUCAUGUUUUGAGGUCUAGAAUCUACAGUUCAGAUAUUGGACAAAUUGAUUACUAUAAAUACGCAAAUUGUCAGUGCCAAUAAAUAUAUUCGUCUGGGAAAUAAAUAUUUAAAAGAU